AUGUCUCGCCUCCGCAAAAUCAGCCCCUCCAUUCCAGAAAUCACAAAUGCAAUUGUCGCCCCGCGGUCGAAUAUUCCAAGCUGCAUAAUUACAAGAUGGAGUUCUUGGCAGAGUUUAACUCCAAGAGUUAAAUAUUCAAAUGCAGCGAAAGUCUCAUACUACACACCCUACUCCAUCUGCCAAUCUCGUCAAUACUCCGACUCCGCCCCUAGCAAACCCUCCCCUCCCAUAAAAUCCACCUCCGUGCGAACAUCUUCCUCUUCCCGUUCUCAUUCGCACCCUCCCGCAAGCCAUGACCGCGGUCCACCUUCUUCAGAAACAACACAGACGGAUUUUUCGGUGCUGGAUGUAUUGGGGAAUACGCCAAUGCCCAGUACGAGUAUCGAUGCGUGUUUGAGCGAUGGGUUUCAUUUGAAUAGUGGUGUGAAGGUGGGUGGUGAUGGGGUUUUCAAGGGUGGGAAGUGGAGGGGAGGAGCGGGAGUUUUGUUGGUGGGGGGUGAGGCGUUUGGGUGGAAACCUUGGGUUGGGGGGGCGGAUGAGGGGGAGGAGUCGGAUUUGGUUAAUAAGAAGGGACAGUUUGAGUGUGGGGAUGAGGCGUGGGGGGUGCUGGGGUGUGUGUGGCCUAGACCUGAUCUUUUAAUCCUCGGCCUGGGCAAAGAUAUGCGACCCAUAUCCCCCAAAACUCGCGCAUACAUCAAUGGAUUGGGAAUUCAAAUAGAAAUCGCAGAUACAAGGAACGCAGCUGCACAAUUUAAUUUGCUAGCGACGGAACGAGGGGUUGGAAGUGUGGCGGGAGCAUUGCUGCCGAUUGGACGGUAG